AUGGGGUCACCUGGGAAGAACCACGACGCUGCAGUGUUCGAAAGCUCGCGACUGCCAAAAGUGCUUGCCAGUGAACUCUUUCAAUUGGAGGCAAAGGAUGUUGAAGGAGUUUCAGUGUGCCCCGUCCUCCUCGGUGACCAGGCAUUUCCUUUGCAGUGCCACCUUAUGAAACCUUUCUCUCGUGCAGGGCCAUCUGGUUCGGCCUCGCAGGUGUUCAAUUACCGCUUGUCGAGAGCUAGACGGGUUGCUGAGAAUGCUUUUGGCAGGCUAAAAGCACAUUUUCGAAUCAUGCACAAAGGCAUCGAAGUCGAUAUUGACAAUAUCAACCGCAUUAUUAGGGCUUGUUGCAUACUGCACAACAUAUGUGAAGAACUCAAAGAUCAAUGCGACAUCACUUGGAUGGAAGAUGUGGUGCGACAAGACAAAAGCCGGACACAACCAGUGUGCAGAAGUCAACGGUCAGAGCCACAUGUAGUAGCGGUUCCAGAUGCUCUUGCCAAGAGCUUCACUGUUGGCCAAGCUAGCUGA